CCAGUAGGGGGCAGUGAUGCUUCGCGCUGUCCAUGUUUACCUUCCAGCAGGAAAAACAAAGAAGACAAAACGACGCACUCCAUCGCCACUAGCUGUUAGCUAAUAGACAAACGCAACACAUCUAAAUGCCUCACUAACAAAAGAAACAGUUGUGGGAUAAAAUCAUAUGCAGUGGAGGAAAGAUAAGGCUUUAUUAAACAUUUCCUGACAGAGACCGACGCCUUCCCGACAGCAUGGAGAAGCAGCUGCAUUUGAACCUGUUAGCCUCUAGACCUCCUGUGGCAGGUGGUUUUCAGUCCGGCUCCAACAAGAUGAAAAUGGGACCUGGGAGGAAGAGAGAUUUCACCCCUUUACCUUGGAGCCACUAYUUUGAAACCAUGGAAGAUGUUGAGGUGGAGACUGAAAACGGCAAAGAUAUUUUCAGAAUUUACUGCAGCGGCUCCCGUGGUCCUGUUCUGUUCCUGCUCCACGGAGGAGGACACUCUGCACUUUCCUGGGCAGUGUUUACUGCCGUCAUAUACAACAGGAUCAACUGCAGAGUCGUGGCUAUGGACCUUCGAGCUCAUGGAGACACCAAAGUUAAAAAUCCUGAAGAUCUGUCUGCAGACACAAUGGCAAAGGAUGUCGGCAAAGUAGUGGAGGCCCUCUAUGGCGAGAACCCGCCUCCAAUCAUGAUUAUUGGACACAGUAUGGGCGGAGCUAUUGCUGUUCACACGGCCAGCGCCAACCACGUACCAUCCCUGCUUGGUCUGUGUGUCAUUGACGUUGUAGAAGGUACGGCGAUGGAYGCUCUGAACAGUAUGCAGAAUUUCCUCAGAAGUCGACCGAAAACGUUCAAGUCCCUGGAAAACGCCAUUGAGUGGAGUGUUAAAAGUGGUCAGAUUAGAAACUUAGAGUCAGCCCGGGUGUCGAUGGGAGGCCAAGUGAAAAAAUGUGAGGAGUCCACAAGCAAUCCAAGUGUAACUAAUAGCAUCAGUGAAGGCAUCAUAGAGGAGGAGGAGGAUGAAGAGGCAGAGGCGGAAUCAAACAAGAAAAGAAUGAAGGAGGAUGCACAAGAGGUGAAGAAGGAGAGCAUCUUCACCUGGAGAGUGGAACUAUCAAAGACGGAAAAAUACUGGGAGGGUUGGUUCAGAGGUCUGUCUGCACUCUUUCUCUCCUGCUCCGUGCCAAAACUGCUCCUGCUCGCAGGAGUGGACAGGCUUGACAAAGACCUUACUAUUGGACAGAUGCAAGGGAAGUUUCAGAUGCAGGUCCUCCCUCAGUGUGGUCACGCUGUUCACGAGGACGCACCAGAGAAAGUAGCAGAUGCUCUUGCGACAUUCAUGGUCCGACACAAAUUCACUGAGUUUAAGGAAGGAUUUCUGUGCUAAUUUCCUGUCCAAAUAUUGUCGCCAGCAGCAGCAGAGGGAAUAAUUCAAGUUUCAUUCAUAUUGUUGUCCAUUUAUUAGCAAAGUUAAUCAAAUAUGACUUUAUUAUUAUUGUAAUUACGUCGCUUUUGUUAUGUAGAUAUUUUUUGCCUUUCAGCUUUUGCCUUAUUUUUAUUUAAAAACAUUCAGGUUGUGUUCUUUAUUUCUCCUUUACAUUAAAUGUAUUAUUUUCUGAACUGUAUUUCUCUCCAUGUUAAAUGGUUUAUUUUGAGUGAUUGCAUUGUUGUUCAUGUGUGUUUGCAAUAUUUGAACCGAAACUGCUGAAAGUAAUAAAAGAUGGAUUCAGCCGACA